UACAUUCUGUUCUCGACGUCGCGUUCAUUGUGGGGAGCCAUUACCCUCGUUCGCGCUAAGCAUCGUGCCAUAUUCCCAUUCGCGCCCUAAUACUAACAACAUUCUCGUAGUUUUAAGUGAAAUAUUAUGAGAGUGAAGACCGAAAUGGACGACGACGAAAAGGGAAAGCUGUUUGUUGGUGGUUUGUCCUGGGAAACAACACAAGAAAAUCUGCAGCGAUACUUUGGCCGUUAUGGCGAAGUAAUUGACUGUGUUGUUAUGAAGAACAGUGAGUCUGGUCGCAGUCGUGGAUUUGGAUUUGUAACGUUUAGCGAUCCUGCUAAUGUCCCCUUGGUUCUCCAAAAUGGGCCGCAUCAACUCGAUGGGCGUACAAUUGAUCCCAAGCCCUGUAAUCCGCGCACUCAACAAAAGCCGAAACGUAGUGGUGGCUUUCCAAAGGUUUUUCUUGGUGGUUUACCAAGCAACGUGACGGAAACUGACCUGAGGUCCUUCUUCACUCGAUUUGGCAAAGUUAUGGAAGUAGUGAUAAUGUAUGACCAGGAAAAGAAAAAAUCUAGGGGAUUUGGCUUUCUCAGCUUCGAGGAUGAAGAUGCCGUGGACCGGUGUGUCGCAGAGCAUUUCGUCAACUUAAAUGGAAAACAGGUUGAAAUCAAGCGUGCCGAACCACGAGAUUCUUCUAGCAAAAUGAACGACAGUCAUCAGGGACAGUGGGGUCCACCGCAACCUGGUGGACCUCCGAUGGGAAUGGCUGGGAAUAUGGGGCCUAUGGGUGGUCCGAAUGGACACGUGGGUGGACCUAUGAUGGGUGGUCCGAUGGGACCGCCAGGGAACAUGAUGCAGCAGUAUCAGGGUUGGGGCACCAGUCCUCAGACUGGUGGAUACGCUGGUUAUACCACUCAGUAUAACUCUCAGGGUUGGGGUGCACCACCUGGUCCACCUCAGCAGCAACAAAUCCCACCACCGCCGCACCAUCAGUGGAGUAGCAGUUACAACGUCCAGCCUGCGGCAGCCACCCAAGGUUACGGAAGUUAUGGUGGGCCGGCGGCGGCCGCUUCAGGGGGCUACGGGCCCACGGCGGGUACUGGCGGGGCUGCGGGGGGCGGGCCCGGGGGUUCCUGGAACUCCUGGAACAUGCCACAGAAUGGGCCUCCUCCUGGGACCCAGCCACCACCUCAGCCCCCUCAGCCCAACUCCUCGCAGCCCAACUCCAACUCGAACCCCUCUGGCCCGCAGGGUGAUAUGUAUUCACGACAGACAACCGGCUCAGGUGCACCUGGGUCCAGUAGCAGUUCGGCUAAGACUCCGGAUUACACUGGGUACUCCGCAUAUGGUAAUUACGCUGACACCAGUUAUCCUCAGCGUUCAUAUCAGGGAGGAGAAAGCAACCAAGGUGGGUAUGCCGCCAGCGCCCCUAAACCCCAGCAAGGCUUUGAUUUCAAAGAGUGGCAAACCUCAUGACCAUUUUAAUUGACCCGUGAUGGAGAGAUGCGCUGAAUGGCUUGGCCUUGCUCGUGGGGUAUUUCUUAUUACAUAUUCGGGGGAAAAAAAAAAUACGCAAACCAAAAAUAAAAAAAAUACAAUAAUAAUAACAAAAAGAAAACGCAACUUGUAUAUCGAUCGUGAAUCUGCGCUCGGAUCCUGGGACAUUCUUUGCGAACGAAUGGAAAGAGAACAGUUUGAACGGGGACGCAUUGUUUCCGAAUCGUUGUACAUUGAUAGUUGUCGGUAGUUCAUUUUUUAGGGAGUUUGAAUAUCGAUAGUUUUUCUUUUUACAGGAUUCUGGAAUCGAUCACGUUUGGGAGUAUUUGUGGUUGGAAUUUUUCUUUGUAGCGUGGACGGUGGUUUUGUCGAAUCCGCGAUUACUUUCGUCUUCUUUCUCUAUUUUUUUUUUUCAUUUCUUUAUAUUUUUUGAAGCAAAGAAUGUCUCUAGCCGAGCCAGCAUGUCGUUCGCGAGCGGUCGUAUUCGCAGUUGAUUCAAAUGAUACUUUACGACAUAUCUUUUUUCGGCAUUAAAAAGAGAGAAGAGACGGCAGCAUCUGCCCAAGUUUGUAAAACGGAAGCGUCAAGAAAAAGAGGGUGUUAGGUUGCUCGAAACAUUGAUUUCAUUGAUCGCUCGCGAGAACGGCCCAUGAUCUUGUCGGGUUUCGAAAUAAACUGGAAAACAGCGAGAGGAACGGAACCUGUCAUACUUACUCAAGAAUAAAAUAAAAAGAGAGGUAAAACCGCAAAAAAAAAAUAAUAAUAAAACAAAACAAAACGGACAAACGCAAAAGAAACAGAAAACUUACGAAACGAAGGGAGAUCAAGAGUUUACGAUUAAAAUAAAAUAAAAAAAAAAAAGGAACACCCAUGGUGCAAGCGAAUUUUUUGUGUAUGGCACUGGGAUAGAGGGUAGGAAGCGAAACAUAGAAGUAUUAUAAGGAUAAACUAGAUCGAGU